UAUAGAGAAAAUAAUGCUGAAAAGCUUGUACCAUUAUAUUUACCCUUAUUUAAGGUUUAUUAUUUUCUACUAUUUAUGUUGACUGGACCAAAGGAUCCAAUUUUUUGGUUAGUUCAGUUUUUAGAUGAAGUAUUAGACAAUUCCGAAGUUCUUAUG